GGAGAGGCAUCAGCUGACGUUUCUCCCGCAUGCUAGACAGCACGAAGGGGAACCUCCAAAAAUUUUGGCGGAAACCCACGUGGUUAUUGUUUAGUGUCAAAGUGUGUGACUAAGCCGAAAAAAUUCUGAUUUUUGAAGAUUUGAUUGUUCCUUGAAUCCUUGAGAAGUGUUGAAGAAAUCCCUGGGGCAGCUGCUAAUCAUCCUCUGAAGAUUGUCAAUGAAACCAAUCCCUAGUCACUCGUCAACUAAUUAAAAUAAUCGAAGAAAAUGCAUAAAAGAAAAUUAGAGGAUGAGGAAGAGUCGAGAGGGGACAAGAAGACAGUUCUCUCUCGUCUGAAAUCAGACACAGGAGAGGAGCUACCAGGAGGUCUUCUGGACCUUCCUCUGGACGUGGGGGUCGACAAGCUCCAGCUGAUCUGCAAUGCACUGCUCGGCCAGGAGGACCCAGUCCCUCUGGCAUUUUUCAUUAACGACGUGGAAGUCACUGGGACUCUUGGGGAGAAUCUGGAAAAAAAUUUCUCCACCAGUGAGAACGUCGUCGACAUCAUCUACCAACCACAAGCUAUUUUCAAGGUCAGGGCUGUGACCAGGUGUACAGGAUCAAUUGAAGGUCACAAAGAGGCAGUCAUCUCAGUUGCCUUUUCUCCAGACGGGCGACAUUUGGCGAGUGGUUCUGGUGACACAACAGUCCGAUUCUGGGACAUCAAUACCCAGACACCUCACUUCACCUGCACAGGACACAAGCACUGGGUUCUCUGCAUCUCCUGGUCCCCCUGUGGCACAAAGCUCGUGUCUGCCUGUAAGAAUGGGUCUAUAAUCCAGUGGGACCCACUCACAGGUACCCAGAUAGGCAAGACCAUGACUGGGCACAAGAUGUGGGUGACGUCCAUCAGCUGGGAGCCUUACCACAAGAAUAAGGAGUGCAGGUACCUCGUGAGUGCUUCCAAGGACACUGACUUGAGAAUAUGGGACACUAAAUUGAGUCAGACUACGAGAGUGUUGGCUGGACACAUGAAGAGUGUCACCUGUGUCAGGUGGGGUGGACGAGGCCUUAUCUAUUCUGGGUCGCAGGACAGGAGCAUCAGAGUCUGGAGGGCUGAAGACGGAAUCCUCUGCAGAAUUCUCCAAGGACACGCCCACUGGGUGAAUACAUUAGCCCUCAAUGUGGACUACGUCCUGAGAACUGGUCCCUUCGAGCUCGUAGGUUCCUCAGGCUCUUCGGAGGACCCUCAGGCCCUGGCUCUGAGGAGGUACGAGGCAGUAGGAGAAGAACGUCUCGUAUCAGGCUCCGACGAUUUCACGCUCUUCCUCUGGGCCCCGGAGAAGGAGAAGAAAUCAAUUGCCAGGAUGACGGGACAUCAGCAACUGAUAAACGACGUCAAGUUCUCCCCGGAUGGUAGGAUAAUCGCCUCGGCGUCGUUUGACAAAUCAAUAAAACUAUGGGAGGCCUCCAACGGUAGAUUCAUAACAUCACUGAGGGGACAUGUCCAGGCGGUGUACUCCAUCGCCUGGAGUGCAGACUCCAGACUCCUUGUUUCCGGCUCAUCGGAUUCAACACUGAAAGUCUGGAGCAUGAAGACGAAAAAACUUGCUGAGGACCUGCCUGGACAUGCUGACGAGGUCUACGCAGUUGAUUGGUCCCCUGAUGGACUCAGAGUAGCUUCUGGUGGGAAGGAUAAAGUCCUGAGGUUGUGGCAGAAUUAAUUACACUUUGUUCAAAGCUUCAGGUGAUUGUUUUUAUUCGCAAUAAAAAUUUUUAAGGAA